AUGAGCAUUGAGCGCGGCCAUAUCAAAGUUAAAAGAGUGAGCCUAAACCUUCAUUCAAGGAGCUUCAGUGAAAAUAAUGAAAGCACGUCUUCUUUAGCGUCGUCUGUUCUUCCGCGGGGAAGAAGCAUUAGUGACCCUAUGUUCUCUGUGGUGCGGAUCAAGACUGACGAAAGCGAAGCAAGCGAAUUCGAGGAUAAAGAUCACUUGGAGACUGGAAAUGAAAAUAACCUUGGUUUUCCGAGUCUCAAGACGUCAUCUUUUUACUCUACGUUAGAUACGUAUCAAGAAGAAAUUCCUAGAGAAGCAGAGAAAACUAAUAGGGACUUAGCCGUUUGGAGAUUUCGAAGCGGGAGUGACUCUUUGGUAUUUUCUUCCCUCACAGAUCAAUCAGACUCACAGCUUUUAAAGGCGACAGGGCACCCACUAUUUUCAUUUUUAAGAGAACAAUCAUCAGAAGCGCUUAAAUGCAACAGCCACGAGGAAAAUAAUAAUCAAGAAUCCUCGGUUUGGAAACGCCGUUCUCGAACAGUAUCCUUUUCUAGUCACUCUCUCUUGUGUUCGGCGAUAUCACAAGACGAUGUUGAGGAGCUAAGCAACUUGAUUGACUGUGAAAACCCGGACCUCAAUCUCCCGGAUGAAUUUGGAAACACUUUGCUUCACCGCGCAGCAAUAGAUGGAAGCUACCGCUGCCUCAAUUUUCUUCUCUCGCGCGGCGCUGAAGUCGACGUCACUGAUAAUAGAGGCUGGACUCCGCUUCACGAUACGGUGUUUCAUGGGCAUACCCGCUGUGCCGUUUUUCUUAUUAUCUCGGGCGCUGACGUAGAGGCCGAGACAAGUGAUUUUCUCAAACCAAUUGAAAUGGCCGAAGACGAUGAGAUGAUUUUAGUCAUCGGAAGGGCAAUGUCAAUGAAUAGUGGUGGAAAUUCCAAAAAUUGCAAUUACGAUAAAGAAACGUUAGUUUAAUGGUGACUCAGUUUAGAACGAAUCUCAAAAACUUCCGCAAACGUAUUAAACUUUUGAAAUGACGAAAUGACGAAAGUUUUUAACUGGAACAAGAGAGUUAACAUUUCCUUUUCCUUUUUUAAUUUCUGUAUAAAAUCUAAUGAAGUCAAAUAACAAAUAAACAAAAACAAAAAUGAUGCUAGAAAUAACACGUGACUUAUACUCGCAAAAUAAAGACAUAUACAUGGACAUAACAACAAGAGCUAGUGACCUGGUGACAAGAAUCAAAUUUCUCCUUCCAUCAAUAGACCAUUUCCGAGUUCCAAAAACUUUCACUUUCAAAACGAGGCUAAGUGCAAAACCUUUUAUGUGAAAAUGAAUUUUAUUUGCAUGAGAAUAGAAAAUGAUUUUCAUAUCAAUGGCUGCGCACUUAGUCUCGCUUUGAAACAGAGGCUUGGACCGACUCAGAAAUGGCUCAAGACUGACUUCACUGUACGGAGUUAUAUCCUGAUAAACUAUCUACUUUGCUAUCACUGACAGAAUACAACGUAUAUGUAGAAAAAAAAGUGUGGCAGUUUUCCUCUCCUGCAGCAAGCCAGUAUGAAUAGCGGGGGAACCAGAAGGAUAAAAUCGGACGUCAGCAUGUAAAGGCGUAUUUUCAUUCCAUUUUAGUCCAUUUAUCCUCUCACCUCGCCCGUUGAUCCGGACCAAUGACGAAGGACCCAGAUUACCAGGAACCAAUAAAAAUCCAAUCACUGAUAUACCAUGAAAAUGGGGUUUACGUCUCCUGCUCUUUUGAAAAAUGUAUGGUUUCUUUUUCGUCCCUAUCUAAUCUAUGUGUAAGGAUGGUGGAGAGCAAGGUCAGCAACGACAGGGCAUAAAUUGAAUUUAAUGUAUGUAUUUUGUAUGACACAGUUGUCAUUGCCUAUGCCUGUCACUCUGAUGGGCGGAGCCAGCCUUUUAAUGGUAUAGCAGCUAAGAGAAGCUUUUUGCUGAUCUCUUAAACUUUCCGAUAGUGAAUAGAAGGUCUUGGAAAAAUAAUGUACGGACCAAGAACUCUUUAUAAAGAGUUUUGCCGAUGGUAGAAAGGAAAUGGUACUUAUCGUAGAGAAAAUUGAUGUUUUUGAAAAGGAAGAAAGGAAUUCAGUUUCUAUAGGGAUUCAUUAGAGAUAAGUCAUGAAUGUCCAUUCAAUUGUUCAGCUUUUAAAGGCGGUAAGGUUCAAAGAGAGAAGGAACCAAAGGCUUGACUCUUUUCAAAAGCAGCGUCGGCGUGUUAAAACAAGAGCUAACAAUAGAUUAGCGAGUGUAAGAACAAAAGUCACCUUUUAAAAAGUUUACAAUGAUUUUGCAUUUACUAGGUUGAGAGACUUAAAAACGCAUGCAAUUUUCUCAUGAUCUUCCGCAAUUCUUGAGAAAGAUGUGAUAGGCUUUUUUCAUCCUCUACGAAUAUAAAUCUUACGUUAGUUUUGAAUGAGACCAGAAAAAAUCUUUAGGAAAGGCUUUUUGUUACUGAACAAAAAAAACAACAAAUGAAACAGAGACGUAAUCAAUUUAUUUACCUAAAUUCGCACAUACUUACAUUAAAUGUCUUUAAGAAAAUGAAACACAAUCAAAGAGGAUGAUGUUUUUGGUAGUUACACAAAUGAAAAGUACAAACGUUCCGUGAUCAAAGGCCUUUUCACAUAAAUCACAAACGUCUUAAGUCAUCAGGAAAGUUUUAUAGUGAAUAAGCGAUUAAAGUUAACCCAAGGGAUUUACGUCAGUACCAUAACAAUGUAGUCACAGGAACCGAAAUUCUGUAGGUAUUUGUUUGCGAAACAAAAUCGUCUCUAGCUGUACAGUUAUAUAACAUGUCCUCGACAGGAGAUUUGUCACACCUGCUCAAUUUUGCUUAGGAAACGGCAGCGCUGAUAGUUCAAGUUGCCCUUGGCGUACCGGUCGUGACGACAUUGCCGGACUUAAGCUUGUUGUCGUCAUAGGAAGAUCAUUGCAAAGAAAACCAAGGUGCUAACUACGGGCAUUGAUAUCAAUUGUUUGAAGAUGUUUGCUCUGCACCGAGCAUGCGAAGAAGGCAAUUUAAUUUUAGUGUCAAUAUUGCUGGAGAAGGGAGUGAAUGUGAACGCUAAAGAUAAACAAGGUAGAACACCAUUACAUAUUGCGUCGAAAAUAGGGGAUAAACUAUUAGCGGAGCUCCUGUUUCAGCGAGGUGCGGACAUUUGUUGCAAGUCAGCGCGCGGUAAAAUUCCUUUAGACUGUAGUCAUGAUGAGGAAAUGACUUUACUCCUUGUACAAAUGAUGGCACGCACGGGAAAAGCUCAACUUGCAAAAGAACGUUUACAGUUUGAAGAGUUAACGGAAAAGGCCAGACAAAAAGUCGCCAAACAAUUAGACAUAAAAUCAAGUCGGAAAAAGUCCAUUCCAUUCUCUCAGUUAUUAGGCAAGCGACCCAUUGCUAAUCUUUUGGGAUUUAGAGAGCCUGAUUCAAGGCUAUCAAGCCUAUCCAACGUGUCCGACUGUAGCAGGUUCAGCGAAGCCGAAUCGGGCUUUUGCGAGAUGGACAAGUCUCCUGAUAGUAUUUCAAUGGAGUCUGUGCAAACAGACGAGUCCAUUUCAAGUGGAUUCAUGUCAGUCGAUGAUGAGUCAACGACGCAUCUUACCAGGCGUGCAACAACGGCGCUUACCAAACAAGAGUUUGCUGCCUUAAAACGCUCUCCUUUCAUGCCGCGAAGUCGCGCCAUCUCGGAACCACCUCCAAAGAGGACAGUCAAACGCUCGUCAACAUGGAAUNGGAAGAUCAUUGCAAAGAAAACCAAGGUGCUAACUACGGGCAUUGAUAUCAAUUGUUUGAAGAUGUUUGCUCUGCACCGAGCAUGCGAAGAAGGCAAUUUAAUUUUAGUGUCAAUAUUGCUGGAGAAGGGAGUGAAUGUGAACGCUAAAGAUAAACAAGGUAGAACACCAUUACAUAUUGCGUCGAAAAUAGGGGAUAAACUAUUAGCGGAGCUCCUGUUUCAGCGAGGUGCGGACAUUUGUUGCAAGUCAGCGCGCGGUAAAAUUCCUUUAGACUGUAGUCAUGAUGAGGAAAUGACUUUACUCCUUGUACAAAUGAUGGCACGCACGGGAAAAGCUCAACUUGCAAAAGAACGUUUACAGUUUGAAGAGUUAACGGAAAAGGCCAGACAAAAAGUCGCCAAACAAUUAGACAUAAAAUCAACUCGGAAAAAGUCCAUUCCAUUCUCUCAGCUAUUAGGCAAGCGACCCAUUGCUAAUCUUUUGGGAUUUAGAGAGCCUGAUUCAAGGCUAUCAAGCCUAUCCAACGUGUCCGACUGUAGCAGGUUCAGCGAAGCCGAAUCGGGCUUUUGCGAGAUGGACAAGUCUCCUGAUAGUAUUUCAAUGGAGUCUGUGCAAACAGACGAGUCCAUUUCAAGUGGAUUCAUGUCAGUCGAUGAUGAGUCAACGACGCAUCUUACCAGGCGUGCAACAACGGCGCUUACCAAACAAGAGUUUGCUGCCUUAAAACGCUCUCCUUUCAUGCCGCGAAGUCGCGCCAUUUCGGAACCACCUCCAAAGAGGACAGUCAAACGCUCGUCAACAUGGAAUAUUACGCGAACGCAAACAGGCACAUUUCCGCGUUCCGUUUUAAGAAACCGCAUCUACAAGAGCGUGACGUUUCCAGCCGAUAUUCUGCUAGACAUCGCAAUAAAAAACGACGACUUCGUUGAGACGUGUCAUCUGAUAAAAUCACGAAAAGUUGACUUUAAUCGAGUCGGGUGUAACGGCCUGACUCCUCUCCAUCGCGCUGCCAUCGAGGGAAGCUAUGAAUGUCUUCAGUUACUGAUCGAUCUCGGAGCAAACGUGAAUGUCAAGGACGAAUACGGAUGGACACCUUUGCAUGACGCCGUGUUUCACGACCAUGUCAGCUGUGCA